UGUAUGUGUCAUAUGUGUUCGUAACGUGCGAAUGUGUGUGAGCAUACCAUUCGGACAUUCGGAAUGCGUCCUACAUGUGCCGAAUCUAUUCGAUGUUGAAAGUAGGGAUAAAUCUAGACCUAUCAACGUUUCCCACCGUAUCUCACGUAAUUCAACGAAUCCCACGUAUUCCACGUAUUCCACGUACACAUGUCACAUAAUCCGGCGUAGACAUUAUAGUAGUGAAAGACUCCGAAAGAUCUUGAUUAUGAUAUUGUUGUGUUCAUACAGCGGCAAUAACAUUCUUUUCAUAUAAAUAUACGUAUUAUACGUGUUUCAUUAUUAUCGUCUUUUAGUCAGGAUUCAAGGUUGUCGCGUAAGUAAUCUCGUGAAGCGUGUGUUAUUGGUUUAUGUCACAUCUCAGUAUGUCAGAUGUUUAUGUCUCACGCAGCACGUAGACCGACUAAGGUGAUUCGAAAACAGCAGAGUGCUAAUCGAAUAUUUUAUGAUAUCAACUUUUUCAUGAUCUAAUUAAUGUUGCGACAACUUGAUCGUAUCAGCGACUUUUACGUGUUAAGAUGAAUUUCGAACUCAAUGAAAAGAUGUUCUAUCGGCUGCUUCUAGCAGUCUUACUUUUCCAUUUAAAAGUUGAUGGAAAUUAUUUUGGAACCAAUUCCAAGAAAGAUGAUCAAUGUUUUUGCAAGCUGAAAGGAUCUAUAGAUGAUUGUACGUGCAAUGUGGAUACUGUGGAUUAUUUUAAUAAUAUGAGAAUAUAUCCAAGAAUUCAAAGUCUUCUAGUCAGAGAUUAUUUUAGAUUUUACAAAGUAAAUUUAAAACAGGAUUGUCCAUUCUGGGCAGAUGACAGCAAAUGCGCUAUACGUUAUUGUCAUGUAUUACCAUGUCAAGAUGACGAUAUUCCAGAAGGUUUAAAAGGAGAGAUUCCAAGAAAUAUUCAUUUUAAUGAAAGUCCAGUGGAUAAAUAUAGACCCAAUGCACAGAUUACUGAUUGCACACAUAGUGCGAGAGAUCACAAUAUAGAACUUGGUUAUUUGAACACAACAAUUAGUUCAGAAAAUUACAAAGAGUUUGAGCGAUGGCAACAACACGAUGAUGCGCAAGACAAUUUUUGUGUAAAAGAAUCUAGUCCAGGAGAAUAUGUGGAUCUUUUACUUAAUCCUGAAAGAUAUACAGGAUAUAAAGGAGUCAGUGCACACAGAAUAUGGCGAUGUAUCUACAUGGAAAAUUGUUUCAGGCCUGAAAACUCUCCUCACAUUUUUAUACAAUCUUCUAAGAUGAACAGAAUGUGUUUAGAAAAACGAGUUUUUUAUCGAGUCAUAUCCGGCUUGCACUCUAGUAUCAAUAUACAUCUAUGUUCAAAAUAUUUGUUAGCCCCUCAAGAUGGUUUGCAAGUGUCAUCUGAUAAUCAAUGGGGUCCCAACUUGGAAGAGUUACAAAGAAGAUUUUCUCCUGAAACAACAGGCGGUGAAGGUCCCAAUUGGCUAAAGAAUUUAUAUUUUACUUAUUUACUACAGUUAAGAGCUCUGGCCAAGGCUGCACCUUAUUUGGAAAGAGAAGAAUAUUAUACAGGUAGUGAAGUGGAGGAUAAAGAUACAAGACUGGCUAUGAAUGAUAUAUUGAAUGUUGUUAAAUCAUUUUCAGAACAUUUUAACGAAACAGUUAUGUUUACCGGUGGAACAGAGGCAAAAUUAUUGAAAGAAGAAUUUAGGCAACAUUUUAUAAAUAUCUCACGCAUUAUGGAUUGUGUAGGAUGCGAUAAGUGUAAGCUAUGGGGUAAAUUACAAAUCCAUGGUCUGGGUACUGCAUUGAAGAUAUUAUUCUCAGGAAAGUUUGAUAGAUGGGAACCAACACUUAAUAAUCUUAAUCGAAAAUUGUUCUUCCUAGAAAGAAGUGAAAUUGUUGCUUUGGUGAAUGCUUUUGGCAGAUUAUCAGAAAGUAUUUUUGAGUUGGACAGGUUUCGCAGGAUGAUGAGAUAACAUACUAUCAACUUGUAAUUAAAGAUUUUCCACUACAUAUUACUAUGUAGUACCACUACAAAACAUCACAUAUACACAUCACAUUACUUAGAUUUCCUAAGUCUUUUCUGCUUUCCUAGUUUGUGGAUCGCAAAUUUUGUUGCACCUGAUCUAAUUGAGUGCAUAUUUGCGUUAAUGUAAGUUUUUGACAUUAUAUAUUUACACAAUGAAACUGAAUAAUUCAAGAUGGAACUGGACAUAUUUUAUACCGAGUUUUACGUAAUUAUUCUUUUUAAAUAAAAUUGUUAAAGGAUGCAUUGUUCUAUUGAAUAGCUAUUAUUGGAAAUGAUUAUGCUAAUGUAAGAUUUCAAAACUAUAAACUCCAGUUGUCAAUUGCAACUGACAACUGAAAUUAAAGUUUAUACUUUAAUUUGUAAUUAUCUCUUCCGCUACAUGAGAAUUGUAUAUACAUGCAUAUAUAUAUAUAAAUAUACAAGAAUGUAAAGACCGAUUUGCACCAGUUUUACUUAUGUAAAUUAAAUUAAUAGCUAAAUUUUCUCCCUAUAUUUAUAUUUUUAUAAAGAUAUAUAUAGGAAUAUAUAUAUUUUAAUAAAUAUAUAAUAUAUAGGAAGACAAAAUAUUACUGCUCAGAAUUAGUUAAUUCAGGAAAAAAUUAUUGGUGCAAGUGGUUAUAUGGAGAAUGUAAUUAGGCAUAUUUAUCUUGUAAGACUGUCCUUAUUGAUAUUUUGUUACAACUUGUACUUUUGACUCCGUCUGUGAUAAAUAUUUUAUCUAAGGCAACUAUUUACAUAACUUAAGCUUAUAUAUAUUAUACUUUGAAGUUGGGAUUUUGUUUACACAAUACAUAUUUUUAUAAUCGAUGUGACAAAAUUUCGCAAUAUUCUCUUGUAGUAGUAAUAAUAGUUUAUCUUCAUAGAAGCAAAUAAUUAUUGUGUAAAAAUUGUGUGUAAAAAUAUAUAUAAAUAU